AUGAUGCAGGAAGAGGAUGAAAGUAUUAUUGGUACAGUGGAAAAACUGCAAGAAUUUACUGUUACUGAAGGAUUUGACUCGGGUAUUUCUGCCGACGAUUUGAAUGGCGGGGUUCAAACCACUCUUCUCGACCAAGAGCCGGACACUUUCAGCUGCUCAUCGGUUAAAGAAAGAAACCGUCUUCAAGAGUUGGAAGAAGAACAGGAGCAUUUAUGCAACUCAUUAAUUGCACUAACUACUCAUUUUGCGCAAGUGCAGUUUCGCUUGAAACAGAUAAGUCAGGCGGAAGGCGAUCUUAAAGAAAGGUUGCUGAAAGAACUUGAAGAAUUUGCUUUCAAAGGUUGUGCAGACCUAAGUGAAAUUAAACGACAAAGGCUGUUGUCUGAGGAAACUGGAGAACUUGAAGAAAACAUUUCCAGGCAGAAAGAACGCCAGUUAGCGUUACUGUCUCAAUUAAAGGAGCAACUAGAAGAUUUAGAAAAAUUUGCUUAUGAAACAGGCGAGGGAGGUCUUCCGAGUAGUCAAGUUAUAGCGAAACAGAAAGCAGUGAUUGAUAAGCUUCAUGAACGUAUGCAGUUGAAUUUAGAAUUUGAUAAGAUGUCGCAAAGUGAAUUACAGAAAGAAGUUGAUGAAGCCAUCAAGCAGCUGACAGUGCCAAUGAGAGAAAAAGACCAGCUACUGGAACAGUUACAGACCCAAAUUAGAGAUCUAGAACGUUAUGUGAACUAUCUUCAAGGCGAAAGUGAAGGAAAAGUCGUUACUGCAAUAGCUUCAAAACCGUUUGUUCGUCCGAAAUCGAAUCCUUUUUUGAAGUUUACAGGAUGUUCGAGCAGACGUUUCGAAAGAAAUGAGUUAAAAAAUACAAUUAUCGGCCAUCAUUACGGAGACGUCCUUGCACGAUUCAAAGUCGCUGUAGACGCCACUAUAAAUGUAAUGGAGAAACAUUUUAUUUUGUCAGUUGAUGGUCGGCCUAGUUGGACACGCACCGAAGAGGAGGUUGUCAUUUUGUUCCUGAGCACGGCAGCAAAGGACUUUAGGAUUUUUUUGUUUGAUCAAAUUUUAAUUGUCACUAGACAACUUUCUGCGAAAGAAUGCGAUAAAAAUGACGAAGAAGUCGUAAUUGUUGUUAGAAAGGAGCUUUGUUCUUCCCUGCGCGCAUUGCUUGAACACGGUAUGAAUGCUGCUAUUACAGAGCCUUCUAGUUCGUUUAUCCCGUUUGGUUGUUUUUCUACGAAGUCUCGAAUGCGUCGCUUCUCUCGAUAUAUUGUAGUACGCUUUUUUUUACUUAUUUGUUCUUUAGCCUCUUUAAGACCGUUGAAACACAUUUGGGACGUUAUCAUGUAUUAUUAUGACACUAAGAACGAGUAUGAACUUGGAGAUAUAUCGGUUCGGAAACUCUCACAAAGCUUCCAAUUAGAUAAUGUUGGAGGUCAUACGGUUACUUCUAAACAGAUAUUGCUUUCGACUGUUGAAAGCAUACUUACAACGCACAAACGGCUGAAGAGAUCGGCCGAUGCAAUGUGGAAAGCGUUUGUGUGCGCGGCUCUGAAUGAAAAAAAGUUAGCUGCAUGGAUUCGUAUUAUUUUUAGGAAUCGGAAGAUUGUCGAAAGUUGCUACUCCUCUUGGGCCUACGUAGCUCGAACAGGGUUCGAAGAUUGCUCUGUAAUGCUGGAUACAUUCCGUAAGUUUAGUCCUGACCUCCCCGUUGAUUUGGCAGUAAGACCUUUUUACCAAAUGAAGGAUGCUUUUUGA